AUGGACGCGCCGGGGGGCGUCGUCGGAGUCGGCGGCGAGUGCCACGCGGCGCAGGUGGUGAGCGCGGACGGCGAGAUGGACGCGGCCGCGAUGGAGCGGUUCGCCGCCGCCGCGGGGCUCUGGGGGCGGGGCCUCUCCUACGCCGUCGUCUCCAUCCUCGGGCCCCAGGGCAGCGGGAAAAGCACCUUGCUCAACCACCUCUUCGGGACAAGCUUCAGGGAAAUGGAUGCCUUGAAAGGAAGGCACCAGACCACCAAGGGCAUUUGGAUCGCCAAGGCUGUUGGGAUCGAGCCGUUCACUGUUGUGCUGGACCUGGAGGGGACGGACGGGAGGGAGCGAGGGCAGGAUGAUACAGCUUUCGAGAAGCAGAGUGCUCUGUUUGCUCUUGCAGUUUCAGACAUUGUUAUGAUAAAUUUGUGGUGUCAUGAUAUUGGGCGAGAACAUGCUGCUAACAGGCCUCUUUUGAAAACAGUAUUUCAGGUCUUGAUGCGUUUAUUCAGCCCUCGCAAGACAACACUGCUACUUGUUAUCCGUGAUAAAACAAAGACUCCACUAGAGUACCUAACACAAGCUCUCAAGGAGGAUAUUCAGAAGAUAUGGAACUCUGUUCAGAAACCAGAGGCUUACAAGGAAGCAGCGCUUAGUGAUUUCUUCAAUGUGGAGGUCACUGCUCUAUCGAGUUAUGAAGAGAAGAAAGAACUAUUUAAGGAGCAGGUUGGACAACUAAGGCAGAGGUUUUAUCAUUCAAUUGCACUAGGUGGUCUUGCAGCUGAUAGAAGAGGUGUGGUACCUGCUUCAGGCUUCUGUCUCAGUGCACUGCAGAUUUGGAAAGUAAUACGUGAAAAUAAGGACCUCAACCUUCCUGCUCACAAGGUCAUGGUUGCUACUGUUCGAUGUGAAGAGAUUGCAAAUGAAAAGCUCAAAAACUUUUUGUCUGAUAAGGGUUGGUUGGAGCUAGAUGCAGUUGUAAAAUCUGGUUUGCCACCAAGCUUCGGAACAAAGCUCAGUGCUAUUCUUGACUCUUAUCUAUCAGAGUAUGACAUGGAAACCAUGUAUUUUGAUGAAGGUGUAAGAGCUGCUAAGCGGCAACAAUUACAAUCUUCAAUGCUAGAUCACACAUAUCCUGCUAUCGAGAGAGUAAUGGAGCACCUGCAUCUUGUGGCUCUUAACAAAUUCAAAAGUGAUCUGGAACAAUCAUUAAGGAACACAGAGGGAUUUGCAGAAUCAGUUCGUCAGUGUUCUCAAGCUUCAGUGGAAGAGUUUGAUGCUGGAAUAAGAGAUACAGCAGUUAAACAUGUGCAGUGUGAUGCUUCAAAAGCUAGGAAUAAACUGCAAGAGCAUAUACAAGCUCAUGUAGAAUCUAUUAGGAACGCAAAAUUGGCAGAACUGAAAGCUAACUAUGAGAAGAAGCUGUCAGACGCAAUUGCUGGGCCUCCUUCCCUUUCUGAGUUUGAACUAGACCAGACAAUUUGCAGUAAGAUGGUCUCAGACUUGAGGGAACAUGCAAGAAGCGUAGUAGAAAUGAAAGCUAGAGAAGAAGCUGGAAACGUUCUGAUGUGCAUGAAAGAAAGGUUUUUCACUGUGUUGAGCCAUGAUAGGGAUUUGAUGCCAAGGACAUGGAUGGGAGAUGAGGAUAUGCGCUCAAUCACUAGAGAAGCACGCUUAGGGGCUUUAAGACUUAUGUCUGUAAUGGCAGCUAUUCGGUUAGAUGAUAAACCAAACAAAAUAGAACGGGCUCUGACUACUGCUCUUUUAGAUGGUGGACCCCUUUCCCACAAGAGGAGCAUAGAAUUUGCUUCUGAUCCACUUGCUUCAAGCACGUGGGAAGAGGUUUCACCAAAGGAUACACUGAUUACGCCAGUGCAGUGUAAAUCCAUCUGGAGGCAAUUCAAAGCAGAGACAGAGUAUUCUGUUGCACAAGCAAUGUCUAUGCAGGAAGCACAUAGGCGUAGCAAGAGCUGGUUGCCACCUGCAUGGACUAUUCUGCUUCUGGCAAUACUAGGCUACAACGAAUUUAUGUUUCUUCUUAGGAAUCCAUUGUACCUUCUAGGGCUCUUUGUUGCCUUUGUGUUGUCGUAUGCCAUAUGGCUGCAAUAUGACAUCACUGCUUAUUUUCGUCAUGGCACGCUGUCUGCUCUUCUUACGAUUUUAUCAAGACUACUCCCCACGAUCAUGGACAUUGUGAUGCAAAUAAUCAAUAUGAGCCACAGACACAAGCAUUCCCCACAUCCAUCUCGCCGCCCCCAACCUAUCCAUGCUCAGAGCUUCAUGAACCAGACGUGGGGACAGCCUCAAGUGCAGUACAAGUUUCCUGACUCGCCAUCCUCAUCUUCCUCGUCCGUGGACUCGAAUAGCGGUGAUGACUCUUGA